CUUUAAAACAAAUAGCAGAGCAAGGGGGUGGAGCUUUCUCCCAGACAGGCGGAAGCUAGCAAUGCUUCUGUUUUGUUAUUACAGAGUUAUAAAAACAAUUACCGUGUAAAGUUGAGCUUUUGAGUUGAAUGCGGUCUUGCCUUCUUUUAGCGCAAACUAGCCGACUUUGAACGGACAGCAGAAAAGCAGAAAUCAUGUCUGCUAAAGUGCACCUAGCUAAGGGGAAAGACAGCGGCGAACUCAUCAAAAACCACCACAAACAGGCGUUCGAGUUUAUUUCGAAGGCACUGAAGAUUGACGAAGACGACACAGGAGAAAAGGGGGAGGCUGUGCAGUGGUACAAGAAGGGGAUAGCUGAACUUGAAAGGGGUAUUGCGGUGGAGAUAACUGUCCAAGGAGAACAGUAUGAUCGAGCAAAGAGACUUCAAGAUAAAAUGGUCGCCAAUCUUACCAUGGCCAGAGACAGACUGGCUCUGUUGGAAAAGACACUGGCUUCUAGAAAGAAGAGCAGUCCGCCUCCACCCAGUGUUGUGUCUCAAACUAAACCUAAAAGUACAUCAGCUGGAGGAGCCACAAACAUCAAACCCUCUUCUACUGCUAGACCCCAAUCCAGAGCCACUGAUUUAAAGGAUGUUUCCAGAAUAGGAAAAAAUCAGAACGGAAGGCCUAUUUUGAAACAGCAGCCAAAGAGGGAUAUGAAGAACUUCAAGAAUGUGGACAGCAAACUGGCCAAUUUGAUCAUGAAUGAAAUCGUUGAUCGGGGCUCUUCGGUUCGUUUCGAUGAUAUCGCAGGUCAAGCUCUGGCUAAACAAGCUCUUCAGGAAAUUGUCAUCCUUCCCGCCUUAAGACCAGAGCUGUUUACUGGCCUGAGAGCGCCGGCUCGUGGUCUGCUUUUAUUUGGCCCACCAGGAAAUGGGAAAACCAUGCUGGCCAAAGCAGUCGCUGCAGAGUCCAACGCCACCUUCUUUAACAUUAGUGCGGCCAGUUUAACAUCAAAAUAUGUAGGAGAAGGAGAGAAGCUUGUACGAGCGCUUUUUGCGGUUGCCAGAGAGUUACAGCCUUCUGUCAUAUUUAUUGAUGAAGUGGACAGCUUGCUCUGUGAGAGGAGGGAGGGCGAACACGACUCCUCCCGCCGCUUAAAAACCGAGUUCCUGAUCGAGUUCGAUGGGGUUCAGUCUGGGGGGGAUGACAGGGUUCUGGUGAUGGGAGCCACCAACAGGCCGCAGGAGCUCGAUGAAGCAGUUUUAAGACGUUUUGCAAAGAGGAUUUAUGUGUCUUUGCCAGACGAGAAGACAAGAUUCACGCUGCUCAAAAACCUUCUGGGGAAACACGGGAAUCCACUGAGCACAAAUGAACUCACGCACCUUUCAAAAUUGACAGCAGGAUUUUCAGGAAGUGACCUGACGUCGUUAGCUAAGGAUGCAGCACUUGGCCCCAUCAGAGAAUUGGGACCGGACCAAGUACGGAACAUGUCUGCUAGCGAGGUGAGAAACAUUAAGAAGAAAGACUUUGAAGAUUCUCUGAAGAGAAUCAAACCCACCGUCAGUCCUGCCACUCUGGACAUGUACGCCAAAUGGAACAAAGAGUUUGGUGAUACGGCAUCUCUAUAAGUCAAAGGCGAAACAUCAAUGAUUCUGGGAGAAACGGCCUUUUGGGCUGCUGCAGAUUUUUGUGAAUUAUGUGAAUAUUCUGAGGUGAAAACAGCACUGUGAAAAUAACGUUCCCCUUCCUAUGGAAAGAUUUUUCUAGUUCUCCUUUUAUUUUUUGCUAAACUUCUCUUGAUCUGUGAAAAAUGAGUGUUUGUCCUGUCAUUCCUGCUUUCCCCCAAAAGAGGGAAGCAAGUUUCUGUAAGUCCCUCCCUCCCUGAAGCUAAAUGCACAUUAACAACAAUGUUCAACAAGUGCUUUUUAAACCUGGGGGCGACUGAAGAGGGAGAAUUGUUGCCAAAGUUUGUGUGUUUAGUUUUAAUUUAUUAUUCUAAAUGAGUGUUGAAAGGUUUUUCCUUUGGAAAUGUAGAAUCAUCUCCCAAAAACAGACGCUUGAAUGCAUUUUUAUUGAAAAUAUUGAGUUUUAUUUUCCUUUUAAGAGUUGAUGACUGUUCAUGAAACCAAUAAAUCAAGUGAGAUUCUGA